UCCGAUUCGCAAGAACGAUUCCAUUUACGAAUCGAACAGCGCAUAUAGUAACAACAGCAACAAUUUGACAAGAUUGUGGAGUUUGUGUUGCUUCAGUGAUUUUUAAUGAUUAUGUUUAGACAGUCGCAGUUAAAUGAUUAUGUAAUUGUUUUGAGUUCCAGCCGUAGCGCCUUCAGUGUCAUGUUAAGAGAGUCAUGUGUUCAGUUGGGUUUAUGGUCAUGUAUGUGGAUGAGUCUGUGGAUGUGUUUCACGCAGACGGGCUCAGACUGCAGCUCUCACCCUGCGGAUCUGAGUUCAUGAUAGAGAAACACUCGUCAGCCUCCGCACACCCGCUACAGUCCAGAGAGAGAGUCAGACAGAGAACAAGAUUCGCCAUCAGCGAGUAUAAGGCAUUGGUAUUGAAUGCUUUGGCAUUUAGAAACAAGUAUGCAACUCAUCCAUAUUUACCUGAAGAGCUCAUAACAGUGGAAUUCAACAAGAAGUUCAGCAGUGCCAUAACUGAGGUGGAGUGGCCUGGGUCUGACUCUUGCACCACUGGGUCACAUGGAGAGAUCACAGUCUGCUCUGAAGAUGGACACGCUAAACUGGUUCUUUCCUCUUCUGGAGAAGAGUUCACAGUGGAGUUUAUCUGUCGGUCCAGUCAAAGUGAAGAAGAGUCGUAUUUACAGCUUCAAGGUCACCAACACAAAAGUACGUGUUUAUUAAGUGGCUUGUCAUUGAAGGGUUUAAACCUCUCUGAAGCCUCAGCGGGUGCUCAGAUGAACCGUCCUGAGUCAGUUGGAAAAGGUUCCAAUAUGGAAAGACUGAAAUCAACAAGCUCGAAGUCUGAAAAGGUGCAUGUGUACACCAAAGUGAUUCAGCAGUAUUCCCGAGUGCUUUACCCACAGAUGUGGUGCUAUCCUCUGUCAUUGGCUGUCAAGCAUUGGGAAUCACAAAAAACUCAAAUUAAUACUGACAAUGAGCAAGACAGAAAAGGUUUAACAGAUAGAGAAGAUCAACAAACAUCUCAAACAGGGCUGAAGACUCAUCUUCCCAAACCUUUGCCUUUAAAAUGUCCCUCUCCUCAUCAGCACAGGUGGAGAUACAACACUGUGAAUCCUGAUUUGCUGGAACAGGACGAGGAAGUCACAGCUGAGGUGGUGAAAGUGGUCUGGUGCAAAGGCAUUAUAUACCGUAUAGUAGAUGGAGUGAUACCGAUGGUGGAGAUCUCACCUGGUGAUGGUUCACUCAUCAGAUCCAAUGGAGUUCUAGCCAAUUACUUCACACAUUACAAACCUGGAGCUGCUCACAGAGAUGCAGUGGAGUGUGUGUAUUACCUGUGUGGUCUCCCACCUGACGUUCCGGGUCAGCUGUAUUCUGUCCAGUCUGUUGUCACACGGGCCAGCAGGAUUCUGAAAUGUUUCAUCCAGGCCAGAAGCUCCGUGAGGGCCCCGCUCUCUUUUUACUGCUGGAAGGAGCAGGCUGCGGUGUAUGAUCCUGUACGUGUGGUUCAGGAGGUGACGGUGGCAGGUACAGGAUAUUUCAAAGCGCUCUCAGACGGGACUGUCGAGGUCUUGUUCCUGGAUGGCGUUAGGGCUCAGAUGAUGUGGAAGACUGACACAUGUACACCUGCACAGUGUGGAGAAAUGGAGCAGAGACUCAGGACAGAAAGCAGACCAUCUCACAGGUGGUGCCAGCUCAAUCUGCCAGAUGGGCACCAAACUCUUGUCCAAAUCGAGACAGACAAAACUUUUCAAAGGUAUGUGUCCGCAGUAGUGCAGUGGUGUGACUGGGUAAAACAGACAGAACAGAGCAUGAGCGCAGUGGGUGUGGCUCUCUCAGACUCCACCCAUUCUGACACAUCUCAGCCAGUAACAUGCAGGUCUGUUGUUUCAGAGCUGGAAAAGAUCAAGAGGUUUAAUUUUUUGUUGGAGAACAGCCCCGUCCUGCGUUCUACAGCGAGAUCUUUGAGCCGUGAGCGUUCUCCUGAUCUGUCUGAGAUCAAACUCACAGAGAACUGCAUCUCUGAGGCUCUGCAGAAAACCUCCAGAGCCAUACAGGACAUCGACACGCUCUUAUCGGACAGACCGUAGGCUUGUAUGCAGACACAUACAGUUCCAGAAGAGCUUCCCAAACAUUGUCUGGUUUUAUGAAUCUUUUUCAGGGAAAUGAAUAUGAGGCUGUAUAGGACAAAUAUGGAUCUCAAUGAAAUUGUCAAGAACAUGUCUGGCUCAUAUUUGACCCCAAAAUCAAAAGUCAAUAUAAUAAAGCCUUUUUUUUUUUUU